UGUGGCUUUAAUACACAAUUCACGCCACUAGGUGUCGCUGUUGUCCUAAAAAGAAGCUGUUAGCAGCAGCAGCAGCUAACUUGCUCUGCCCCAGCCGCUGGGCAUGGAUGAUACUGAGCAGGUGUGUGCAAGUGUGUGUUGAAGCACAGUUGGUGCCUCAUAUUAAGCGGGUCUUUUGUCUUAUGGGCCUUUUACACUUUAUUUCUUAUGUUAUGUACAGUUGUCCAUCAUGAAGUGAUUUUUCGUGGACAUGUCUUCUCUUCACCUGAGCACUUUAAUUACGUGGAGAUCCUGGACUUAUAGCUCAAACAUGGAAACGCAUCGGAAAUUUAGUUUGGUGAAAAAGGGCACACACACAAGGUAGCCUUAGCCUAUGAAUGCACAAACCAAGCACCAAGCAAACAUAUUAAUGUCACACACUAAUUAAAAUGAGCACAUUGAAGAAAGCACAUGAAAGUAAACACAUGGGAGGGGAUAGAAAAUGUUGCCUUGAGGAUAUUUUAACAGUUUGGGUCUAUUCAUCUUAUUAAAAAAAAAAAAAAAGUGAUAGCAGUCAAUUUAUAUAACAAAAUCUGUACAUCUAUGUGAUUCCUGUGCUCUCUAUAUGAGAAAUAUUUACGUCAUCUUGCAUGCAUCGAUCUUGGUUGGACCACUGAGUAGGUCCUACAAGCCACAAUGAGUCAUUGUUCAAUUAAAACAGCAGCCCGCUAUUGUCAAACCAAAGGAUGUAGGACCUACUCAAUGUUGGAUAAAUAAUGGAGAACACUUAAUUAAUUCAGAGCCAUGAAAGUACUCAGAUUUCAGAGACAUAUUAAAACUAUAAUUGAGGAAAUCUGUUUUGGUGAACCUUGUGUGGCCUGCUGUUCUCGCCAUUGUUACCAAAUUAACCAAUUGAAGCUGAUGUUGAUUAAAAAAUAGACAUAGUUGAGCCAUGUUAGUGUUGUGACUCCAGGGUCUAUUUGUGUUGUCAAUGUGUCCUAUGUAAUGUAAUUCUAGUUCAAAGCACAGUCAAACAACAGACAGGUCUAUAGGGUAUUUAUUUCACUGUGCAAAAUCUUCAUAAACGAAUUGCAAUUAGUGGUAUUUAUUGUGUGAAAAUAUAUAUGUACAUUUUGACCAAUGAUCGUUGAAUAUCAAAUGUAAGAGUGACAGAGUGUAUACUUGACCUGUAAAUAAUAUCUGUAUAUUUUGAAAAUCCAGAUUUUUUGUAAGUAAUGAGGUUUUGGUGUCUGUCUGUAGUGUGUGUGUGUGUGUGUGUGUGUGUGUGUGUGUGUGUGUGUGUGUGUGUGUGUGUGUGUGUGUGUGUGUGUGUGUGUGUGUGUGUGUGUGUGUGUGUGUGUGUGUGUGUGUGUGUGUGGUUAUAAAUAAUACAGGUAGAUCUUGGUGUUUAAAGUGUGUCCGUGUGUGUUUUUCCUCUCUACCUUCAGUGUUGUCAUCUUAAUCUAUAGAGCAGUAGGGUUGUCAGGAUGAGUUGGGGGCCCCUGAUGUACUCUUCUGUGUGUUGUGAUGGGCCACUUCUCACCAGAACAACGUCUUGGUUUCAUCACACAUUCAACAAACUUGAAAUAUUCUUCAUCAUAAACAAGCCAAUACAAUGAUGAACUGAAGCAAUCUUGGGAGGGCUGUUUACUCUACUAACAGAAGGAGCAGAAUAGGAAAUUAAAGUUACACUUUUACAAAA